GUGAACAGUGCGUGCAUACGGCUUACGCACACGCCAACCUGCAUUCAUUCAGAUGGUGUAUCGCUGGGCGAAGCGCAGUUUACAUACGCAGUAAUGACAAUGUAAAAUGAGAAUGUACUGUGUCCAACGGGAACGUCCUUGCCCGAAACUUCAGUAGACUAGAAAUUUGCCUUGAGGCCGCGACACGGACGUUAGAGAACAUGAAUAUUCAGCUGCAGCGAGGACAGCAAUAUGAUAGCCAGGCGCAGCGAGGAGGACAGGGACAGGGCGGGACACAAAACCAGCAGGCGCAGCAAAACCAGACUGCAGCCACCCCGCCCAUCUCUUCCAGCUCCUCAGUGUGGGACAAGUUUGAGAAGGGCGACAAGAUUGGCGAGGGCACAUACGGACUGGUGUAUCACGCCCGCAGCAAGGAGACGGGUGGGCGCUAUGCCAUCAAACAGUUUAAAGGCGGCAGGGAGGGCGACGGCGUGUCUCCCACCGCAAUCCGCGAAAUCAUGCUGCUGAGGGAGAUGCGGCAUCCCAACAUUGUGAAGCUGGAGUCGGCCUACAUCAACCGGUCCGAGCCCUCGCUGUGGCUGGCGUUUGAGUACGCCGAGUACGACCUGUACGAGAUGAUUAAAUUCCACCGCGACCACAAGGAGAACACACGCGAUAACCCUUUUGGCCUGAUGCCGCAGUACAUCGUGAAGACGGUGAUGUGGCACCUGCUCAACGGCCUGAGCUACAUGCACCAGCACUGGGUGGUGCACCGCGACCUCAAGCCCUCCAACGUGCUGGUGAUGGGCGAGGACCCGGCGGUGGCGCCACACCAGCACGGCUGCGUCAAGAUCGCGGACUUUGGCCUGGCGCGCAUAUUCCAGUCCCCGGCCCGGCCGCUGUCGGACAACGGCGUGGUGGUCACCAUCUGGUACCGCGCCCCCGAGCUGUUGCUGGGCGCGCGGCACUACACCCGCGCGGUGGACGUGUGGGCGGCCGGCUGCAUCUUCGCAGAGCUGCUCACACUCAAGCCGCUGUUCCAGGGCCAGGAGCGCAAGACGCCCGGCAACGUGUUCCAGGCCGACCAGCUGGACAAGAUCUUCCGGGUGUUGGGCCACCCCAGCAUCAAGAACUGGCCCGAGCUAGAGGUGCUGCCGCAUUGGGUCGAGAACACCGACAACGUGCGCGUGAAGCGGCCCGAGUGGAGCGGCACGGGGCUGCACACGGCGGUGCUGGAGGCCAUGAGGGGCGCGGCGCCGUCCUGGGCGCAGGGGCACGUGCCGCAGGAGUGUGUGCCGCCGCGUGAGGCCAUCGACCUCAUGCACCGCAUGCUGGACUUCAACCCCUCCACCCGCACCACCGCGGAGGAGUGCCUGCGGCACGAGUGGUUCAGGCAGGAGCCCAAGCCCGGGCCCAACGUGUUCCGGCUGCCGGGCGCCUCCACUCCACUGGUGCGCUACCCGCGGCGGCCAAUGAGUCUGGACCGCGUGCCCGCGGGGUUGCCAGGAGCAGCAGGGGCCGGGGGAGGGCCGGGGGAUGGAGGCGGGGGCGGGGGGCUGCCGCCGCCGCCGGGCCCGCCGGGCGGCGGCCGGGCGGGCGGCGGCCCCGGCGGCCCUGGCGGCGGCAUGCGUGGGUCGUCGCAGGCCGCGGCGAUGCUGGCACAGUCGGGGCCGCAGGGCAAGCGGCGGAGAAUGGAGAACGUGCCUGGGUUCCGGUGAGGGCAUGCACGAUGGCGAGGAAACAAGUAGGUAAUGCAGAAGCUGCGCAGAAGCUAGGGGUAUGUGUGGUGUGGUGGCCCGAGUCGGGCGUUGUCACGACUGAUGUGGUGGGUGGGUGACCGCUGGUAGGAUGCCAUGCGGGUGUGUGCAUGCUGGAGUUAUGGCUGGGGAACAGGGGAACACGUUUGGAUUGGGGUGAUGAGCAUGCCGACAGUCGGGGGAAGGGGAGUCGGGUGACCGAUGACCGUGGCAUACCCGGAUGGAGCCACCCGG